AUUACCCAGUGCAGCCACUACGCCGUCCCCGGGGGCUCGCAGCUCUGUGCUCCUCAGAAGCUAACGUUGGCUAGCAAGCUGUCAAGCUGUCUAGUGGAGAGGCUGGGACAGACGUUUCAGCUUCCCCCUGGCUUGGCCACGCAAAGCUCCGGCCCACAAAUUCCCAAGAAAAUCUGUCAGAAUAUACUUUAGAUCGCCAGCUGAGAUAAUGUAAUGCUUCACGGGUGUACGCAAAGAGGGACCUCCGCACUUAAUCAAUUUAUAUGCACUGAGUCUUGAGUGACGAUUGCUCAUUGCUAGCUAACUGGCUAGCUAGCUUAGCUAAACCGCCGCAAACCCCCUAGUUUCGUCGGUGUACACUCUCUGGUGUGAACUGAGGCCAGGCAGUUCUUGGCACUGUCGCACCUCCCGUUCCUGUCAACUGGUAUUUUGGAUAUUUGGUCUUAAGAGGGACACAAUGGGUGCAUUUCUGGACAAACCAAAGAUGGAAAAAUACAAUUCUCGUGGUGAUGGCAACGACCUGAGAUAUGGGCUGAGUAGCAUGCAGGGUUGGCGGGUAGAGAUGGAAGAUGCACACACAGCAGUAAUUGGUCUGCCCCAUGGUCUUGAUCCCUGGUCAUUCUUUGCUGUUUAUGAUGGCCACGCUGGCUCUCAGGUGGCCAAGUACUGCUGUGAGCACCUGCUAGAGCACAUCACCAGCAACUCAGACUUCCAGAGUGCUCUGCAGGAGGACACCUCUGUGGAGAGCGUGAAGAAUGGGAUCCGCACAGGAUUCCUGCAGAUUGAUGAACACAUGCGAACCAUCUCCGAGAAGAAGCAUGGUGUGGACCGCAGUGGUUCCACUGCAGUUGGAGUGAUGAUUGCUCCGAGCCAAAUCUACUUUAUCAACUGUGGCGACUCACGAGGACUCCUCAGCCGGGGUGGAGCUGUGCACUUCUUCACACAGGAUCACAAACCCAGCAACCCUUUGGAGAAGGAAAGGAUCCAGAAUGCUGGUGGCUCAGUCAUGAUCCAGCGAGUUAAUGGGUCCCUAGCUGUGUCUCGGGCUUUGGGAGACUUCGACUACAAGUGUGUGCAUGGAAAAGGCCCGACGGAGCAGCUUGUGUCUCCUGAGCCCGAAGUUUAUGCAAUAGAGAGAUGCGAGGAGGAAGAUGAAUUCAUUAUACUUGCUUGUGAUGGCAUCUGGGAUGUCAUGGCCAAUGAGGAACUGUGUGACUUUGUCAGGUCAAGGCUAGAGGUGACGGAUGAUCUUGAAAGAGUCAGCAAUGAAAUUGUUGACACCUGCUUGUACAAGGGAAGCCGGGACAAUAUGAGUGUUGUGUUGAUCUGCUUUCCUGGGGCACCAAAGGUAUCUCCAGAAGCAGUGAAACGGGAGGCUGAGCUGGAUAAAUACCUGGAGGGCAGAGUAGAAGAGAUCAUCAAAAAGCAGGGGGAUGAAGGUGUCCCAGAUUUGGUCCAUGUUAUGCGGACGUUAGCAUCUGAGAGCAUCCCUAACCUCCCUCCUGGAGGAGAGCUGGCAAGCAAGCGAAGUGUUAUUGAAGCAGUGUACAACAAACUCAACCCCUACCGAAGUGAUGACACAGACUCUGCGUCCACAGACGACAUGUGGUAACACAACCUCCCACCACUAACACAGCAUAGAGUUUACAAACCACCACCCUCUCAAGACCCACAGCAGCUCAGCUCAGCAGUCUGUCUCUCCGAGCUUUUGGUUUCUAAGAAGGGAAUUUCAUGGGAGGAAGAAGAGGAGUUGCAUGCACACAAACCUGGAAUAGUGCAGCACCAGUCCACUCUGGAGUUCAGGAUCCCCACCGUCUUGUCUCCCCCUUUGUGUGUCCCCCCCCCCCCCUAAUACUCUCCUCUAAAGUAAUCCAUAACAAGUGAGUCCCCAAGGUUUUCUUCAUUUUUUUGGUAAAUAAUCAGCUUAAGUAGUAAGAUUUUUUUUUUUUUUGUUGUUGCUGUAAUUAAUUUGAUUCACAUUUCCUUGUGUGUGUUUGUAUAUUUCUGUUUUUGUGAAGUGCAAUUGUCCUGUACAAACAACCUGUAUUUAAUGCAGCUUGAUUUUAAGUUAAAAAAUGAAAGAAAUGAAAAAGAGAACCUUUUAUGCACUAUCUGCCUUUUCCUGCUCUUCUGGAAUUGUAACAAAUGUCUAUUCAGUGAAUAUUACUGCUUGUCCUCCAGGCACAAUGUCUCUGCGCUUUUACUUUCCUUUUUCUUUCCUUUUUUUUUUUUUCAGUUAGUCUAGGCUCCUUUUUAAGAAACGGGUAAAUUGUAUAGUUGACAGCACAGUAAGCUUUCUAUAUCAAACCAUUUAAAUCCUAAUUAUUUUCCCCCUGUGCUUUUUUAUUGUAUUUUAUUUUUGUAAGUGGUUUUCUGUACAUGCUCAAAUAAUAAUGGCAAAGUGUUUCUGAAGUCGUUUUGGAAAUUUUGAAGUGAAAAAUAAUCUUUUUUUUUUUUUUUUUUUUUUUUUCAUUUCUUCGUGGCAUCUGAUGAAAAAAGACCCCUGUUAACACAUUUGUCUGUGCGAAUAGAUACUUGCAAGUGUGCGUGGGUGCUUGUGUGUAUGUAUGUGCGCACAUGUGUCAGUGUAAAGGCAGAUCUGUAUGUGCAACUCUAAUUUAAAUGACCUAUGGUGGUUCAGACGGACCAGGCUGGAGUUUAAGGGAAUUGCUCUCCCAAUGCUUACCCAUUGUCUGCCCUUUCUUCAGCCAGUGUCCCAUAUCAACCCAACAUAGGCUUUCACUACUUCUUAUUCCAAAAAACUUUGGAUAACAGAGUUUACAUGCUGUUACGCUAUUUGAACAACUUCAAGCUAUAUAUCAGAACCAUACAGUAACCUGAGAUGACACAAGUAGUUCAAUUUACCCAUGGUGUAUAACGCAUUGCAGCUAGUCCAGUCUAGACUAGUUUACACAUCUAUUGUGUCAUAUUUAAAUAUCAGUCAGCAUACAUUGUUACCAGUGCCCACUGUGGGUGCCAUAUUAUUUUAUAUCACUUGUUUCAGCUUUAUGACAGCCUAUGCCAAGUUUCUUUUUCAUGAGAUUCAGUUUUUGUAUGUGGUACAGAUAGAUUUUUAGCUUCUACCGUCAACAUCUGAUAAUUUGACUCUAUGUGAACAGUUUAAGCACUGACUAUUUUAGAGAAAAUCACACAUUACCAGUCUGAUGAUAGGACAAACUUACAAGGCUAUUUUUAUUCUUCACAUGGUCUUUAGUUUGACAUUCAAACCAAGAACAAAUCUGCUAACUGCGAUGAGUUCUCAUGGUUGUACAGCACCUUUUUAUCCCCACAGAGUUUGCUCUGCCUAAAACUCUCCCCCACAGCACCACAAGCCAGAGCACAAUACAGGUUGCUGCUAUAACGAUGAUCUGUGGGUUGGUUUUAUUCUUCGCUUGGUUAAUUUCCCCCUCUGAAAAGAUGAGUAGUCACUGACUAAAUCUGAACACACACACACACACACACACACACACACACACACACACACACACACACACACAAAGAGUAGUUAUAUUUCUUGAAGAGAUGGUUUUAUUUCAGUUUUUUUUCUGCCAUUUUCUUUUGUCUAAAUUGCAUUGUGGAAAUUUAUGUAUGUAUAUAUUUUUGACUUAAACUUUCAAGGAAUAAAUCAUGUCGCUUGAGUUAGUUUUUUGCCAUGGACAAAAUGUGAUUCUGGUUUGUCUUGGGAUGGUUAGUUGAAUAUUUGUUAGUUUUAACAAACAAAGUUUUCCCUCUAAUCACUUUGGUGUCCCUCUGAUAAACUGAGGGUUUGAACUGUCAUUUAUAUAAUACACUAUGUACUAAAUGUGUAACUCUUCAUUUAUCAAAAUGACAAUCCUAACUAUUUCACCGCAUUUAGGUUCGUGGUGGUAGCACAUUAUUAAAUCUUUAACAAAACAGACUUUAAUCCUCAAUUUAGCUGCUUUCUAAUUUGCUUUUGUGGCAAAAAGGCCAAAGACACUCAAAUUUUGUAAUUACGAAAUUUAUAUCACAAGAAGUAACGAUAUAAAGUAGAACCAAGCUGUAACCCUGUAAAAGAUGUUCAUGUUGAGCUUUUAGAGAGUGAUGUUAACUUUAUUUUUAAGAUUUCCAUUUACGGUUAGUUAGCUUUUAAAGGUACUCUGUGGAAGCAUUUUCGUAAGAAGUGUUGAAUGUAAACCUGUUUACAGUGGAAACUCGAAUAGUGUACCUUUAAACGGUAGAGAAAUGACAUGAAUAACAACAGUCAUAACUCAGUGGAUUUCUUUGUGUUUUGCAUGAUUUACUCAAUAUCCCCCCCCCCCCCCCCCCCCCAAAAAAAAAUGAAGCAAAAAACAAAUUCAACAAAAAAAAAACAGAACAGUAAAAAUAAGUUUUUGUCUUUUGGUUUAAAAUGUACAGUAUUGUAUUUCUACCACACUACUUACCAAUACCUACUGUGCUCACAUCAUGUACAAAUAAAAACUCUACAGUUUAUUCAGUAUGCUUGAGAAAAAGCUUAAUGUGUAUGAAAUGCCUUUUUGUAUUUAGAUGAGCAGUUGCUUGUAUUUGUUAAGUGAGUGCACUAAAUGUCUCUCUUGUCAAACAGUUGUCAGCACCCAGCUGCUUAUUGCAAACCUGGUAGGUGUUGUUGACUCUUAAAGCAACAUUUCAUGCAAUUUUUCUUCACGCUUAAUAAGGAACAAACGAUAUUUCUUUUCAUCUCGAGGCCAUCGAUUCCCCCCUCGACUGUCCUGCAUUGCCCUAGAGAUUUAUUAUUCAGGAUGUGGCCCCUAAAUGAUGAUAUUACCUUUUUCUAUAACAAACCACAGAAUGACAAAAGUAGACAUAAGCUUUUUAAUAUUCACCAUUGCUGUAGCUGAAAUGUUAGCAGAUGUUGACAGUGGCUUGGCUGUGAUUUAGCACAUCUGGGCGUUUUGUUGAAAUCAUGUAAAAUGUCCAUCACCCUGUUAGUCCCCCCCCCCCCCCCGUUCCCAAAAAACAAAAACGAAAUCCUAAACGUCUAUUCUCCUUGUUUGAAUUUUUCUUGAACUGAAAUACCUCAUAACAUUUAUAGGAAGUGUUUUUGUCUCGUGUCGUGUAGAUCCAAACUGUUCAUAAAGCAUUUCACAGGAGAUGGAGACUUUAUUGAAAACCGUUUUUAUUCUAUGUUUUGUGGUUCUUCUUUAGAGUUUAUGAUUUUAACACUGAUCCAUUUGAGCGGGAGAAGCCUGUGCUCAUGUACAGUAUUUGACUGAAUUGUGCUGAUGUUAACAAAACAAGUAAUGAUUUAAAUGGCUACUGCAAAUGACAACUUAUUUUAGUAACUAGUAACACUAUUGGCCUUGUCGUAUAAGCUACCCCCCCCCCCCCUCCGCCUCCUGCUAAAACAAUGCCCUCAAAUUCUCACCUGUCUACUUGUGUGAUGCUCACUUAGCUCAAAUCUAGAAUUGUAUCGAGAGUUCAGGGUUUUAGAAAUGUGAGAAGUGACUAAAUGACAGAAGUCAUGUGCACUGAUCAUCUGUAUAGUCGGCUUUCUUUUGUUUUUUUUAGAAUAUUGUUAUUGUAGAAAAAAAAAAGAUUAUAAAGCUAUUUACAGAGUUACCUUUGGUUGCCUGGAAUGCAUCCUGUAUAUUCUUGUACGGAGGACUACCUGGCAGACGUUGAAGAGAUUUAAAAUGCUCGCGCCCUCUUGUACAUAUUGAUGUACCUCGGUUGUGGCGUUUACUGUGUGACCCUUAGCAGUUGUGGUUUAUUUGUCCCCUCACAGGGCGACCUGAGCCUCACUUUGCUGACCUUUUUCAGCUCAUAAAUAAGCUCACCGAUUUGCCUUACCUAAUCUCAUGUUGCCCCCCUAAAGUACUUGUUCAACAAAACACUAUGAGGAGGAGUAAUGCUGCUGACAUUACACUCGUAUAGACUCAAAACUGUCCCCAUGUUAGAGUUUGUAAGCUAUCAACAAAGUGACUUUGUCGUGGUUGUCACAUGGUACACCUUUUCAACCAUCGCUGGUUUGUAUACUAUUCUUUCCCCAUGUUACCUUAUUAAAUCUCAGUCUUUAAAGCUUAUUUAAUUUUUCACUGCAUAUGAUGUCAUACUUUGAACUAAUGCAAGUGUUUUGACAUGGUAACCUCGUAGGCAUUCAAAAUGUGCAUACAUACAUUCAUGUCUGCUAUAUUUAUGAUUACGUUCAAGAAUAGCUUUAGAGUGCUGUAGAUAAGUAUUGUCAAUGUUGAUUCAAAUGUUUCUCAGAGGCCUCCGAGUGAUUUUACAAAGUUCAAUAACUGUAUAUUUUGUAUUAUGUUAUAGCUCCAAAGGAAUGGCAGAAAAAAAAAGAAAAUGUUUAAAAAAGCUUUGUUCCCUGAACUAAAUUGUACUAUUUGUGUUGUCGAUUGAACAAAUUGCAUUCCUUGCUUGUGAAUUGAUGCAUUUCUCUCCCUGCUCCUUACAUUUUCUCCCCUUCUUUCCCUCCUUUCUUUCAUUUUUUAGCCUUUGAAGUUUGAAUAAAAUUUCUAGUUUGCAGAAUGUAUUACUAAAUAAAUGGGUUGUCAUCUUGUA